AUGGGCAGCCCGCCCCACCCGCCGGACCCCGACUCAGAGAUGCUGCCCCCCGCCCUGACUGUGAGAGACGUCCUGGUGCCGUUCCAGACGUCUCGUGAAGAAGGCGAGGCCAAGUUCGCCACCGUGUGGCAGGCUGUGUCCAGCUCAGAGACGGCGCCUGCGGCCCGUGGGGGUCUCCUGGACACAGGGAGGACCCCCGGGGGAGAGGGGCCUGAGCUGAGAGCCUGCGGCCCCGUCUCUGUUCAGUUUGAAGCCUUCUGCGCAGGGGGCCUGGCCCCCGGCUGGAGCCUGCUCGUCCAGGGACAGUCGGACUCCGGGGAGGACAGGUUUGAGGUCAACUUCCUGUGCGAGGGCGGCGACAUCGCCUUCCACGUCAAGCCCCGCUUCUCCAGCGCCACCGUGGUGGGCAACGCCUUCCAGGGCGGCCACUGGGGCCAGGAGGAGGUGUCCAGCGUCGUCCCACUGGCCCUGGGGCAGCCCUUCGAGAUGGAGGUGAGCUCGGACGAGGAGCACUUCCACGUGUUCGUGCAGGAGCACAAGGUGCUACAGUUCCCACACCGCCAGAGGCCGCUGGCCGCCAUCACCAGAGUGCGGGUGCUGAGUGACCACCGCCUGGCGCAGGUGGAGCUGGCCAGGAGGGGCCUGAGCUGGGGGGACGGGGGCUACUGAGCUGCCGGCGGUCCAGGAGGGAGCGUCCGGGGCGCCUGGAGUCCACCC